CAAAAGCAAGAAAUCGUUAACUCUCGGAGUGGUCUUUGAGACAGGUAUACCUUCUUUAUCCUGAUCUAUUUGUCCGAAAUCAGCUAUUCUGCACGAAACCCGCUACACGUCGACGUCGAAGCGCCUCAGCUCAACAAGCCGACGCACAGUAGCUCGGAUAAACCAGAAUGAAGGCACGCUGCUCACCGUCGUCGCUGGCGACGCUCUCUCUGAUGCUCGCAGCAUUGGGGCCUCGCGCUGCACACGCCAGUCAGACCAUCUCGGCCGUUGGCUCGAAAUUCUUCUACGAAGAUGGCAGACAAUACUAUAUAAAAGGAAUCGCCUAUCAGCUCGUUCCCGACGAUCCCUUGAUUGACACCGCUCAAUGCACGCGAGAUGCGGCCCGCAUGGCUGAGUUGGGCACCAACGCCAUCCGCGUCUAUCAUGUGGACCCUAAAGCCGACCACGACGGCUGCAUGAAGGCCUUUGAAGAUGCAGGCAUCUAUCUCUUUGUGGAUCUGGACACUUUCGACACGGCGAUCUCUCAGGUCGAACCCCACUGGGACCGAACACAAUAUGAUCGAUUCACAGCCGUCCUGGACGAGUUCCAACAAUACAACAACACCGCUGGAUUCUUCAUUGGCAAUGAAGUCCUCACCACCAAGGACGGCUCUGCCGCCGCACCGUACGUCCUAGCCGCGGUUCGCGACAUGAAAUCCUACCGCGACGAAAAGGAAUACCGCAACAUCCCGGUGGGUUACUCUGCAGCCGAUAUCGCAGAGCUGCGUCCCAUGCUGCAGAACUACCUGGCCUGUCGGUCUGACCCGGUGGAGCGACUCGACUUUUUCGCGCUGAACGCCUACGAAUGGUGUGGGGAGUCGACCUUUACCCAAUCCGGCUACGAGACCCUCCAGAAGCAAGCAGAGGGGUACCCCGUGCCAAUCUUCUUCUCAGAAACCGGCUGCAAUGUCGCGCGCCCGCGGACCUUUGGCGACCAGGCCGCCAUCUUCGGCCCCGAAAUGGCGGACACCUGGUCGGGCUCGAUGAUUUACGAGUGGAUCGAGGAGACCAACGACUACGGGCUAAUCAACUACGGGCCUCCUCCGGCGGCCGCCGCGGACGCUCCCGCCGCCGCCACUACUAACGGGCCCCUCGUGCAGGAUGGCUUCGUCCGCCAGGGUGAGCCCACGCCCGUCGCGCCCGACUUCGACAACCUCAAAGCGCAAUGGGCGACCUUGAACCCCACCGGCGUCGCGCUGUCCGACUACGCCGCCUCCACAUCCACCAUCCAGCCGCCCGAGUGUCCCGCCUCCACCGCCGGCGGAUGGGCCGUCGAUCCCAGCGCUCCCCUACCAACCCUGGGCCAGGCCUCGUCGUCCUCCUCCUCCCACCACGCGGCCCCGACAGGCGCGGUGAGCGACUCGAAGAACGCAGACGACACCCCCAGGCAAAAGGAAGUCGACCCCUUAGACGCCAUGUCCGCGUCCGCAUCGCAGACCGUCCUCCCGGCCUACGAGCUCAGCAACGGAGCAGGCUCCUUCGCGAUCUUGCGCGAGGGCGGCCUCAACCGUGCCAUCGAGGUAUCCCUCGCUCUCUGCACAGUGGUAGGCGGUCUGGCGCUGUGGCUAUGAUGGAAGUUCUUGAUGAAUCGUAUCUUCUGGAUGACUUGUUACGUACCACCUUGCCAGAUGUUUUUUUACCGUUGGUUGGGUUCGGAGUCUUCACAUUCGCGGUCCCCUAGCUCCUCUGGAUACUUGCUAUUUUCCUUUCCCUUUUCAUAAGUUUGCAGUAUACGAGCGAUAC